AUGCCUCCUAAGAAAUUCAAAUCGCUUGAUGACUUUAUUGGGGACCAGGCGCCUCCCAAAAACCAGUUUCAGACGCCUCUAGAGAACUACUACCAGAACAUGUCCAGCGGUCAGUCCCACCCUAAGACGAAGGGAAGUUCGUACCAGGCGCAGCGGAAUUGGAAUGACGGCAGCCAGUACGGAAACAACUCUUACAACCAAAACAGAGGUUACCAGAACUACCAGGGUGGGUACCAGAACUACCAGGGCGGAUACCAGAACAACCAGUCGCCCCAGCACUCGGGUAGAUCGACCCCCUCAGGCAGUGCGACACCAACUCCUUCCACAUCCACCACAUCCUUGACUUCUCUGGCCACCUCGUUGGCGAACUUGGGAGUCACCUCGAUCUCGGGAAUUCUCUCCACCCUUCCUCAAUGUGCAUCUCUGGCAGAAUGCAGGCAGAAAAUCCAGCUAGCGGUGGCUGAGUUUAACAAUGAAGGACGCUCCGCGCAAGACAUCGAGGACUGGGACGUGCCCAGCAUCAUUUCGAAACUGAUCAAGCCCAAGAAUCCUGCGCUUGUUCAGGAAUCCGCAAUGCUACUGAUCUCUCAGUUGUCUAUCAACUUUUCCGGAAAGUCGCCCCAGGAAGCGUUCUUGCUGCCCCUGCUACCCAUCGCUCUAGACACAGUGGCCAGUAAAGAUAGCUCUGUUAAGCGCGCUGCUCAACACGCCAUCGACUCGCUUUUCGGACUCUACCCCAUCGAGGCCCAAACCAGCGUGUUGCUUCCAAAGGUCCUGGAGUACCUGAAUUCCGGUGUUAAGUGGCAGUGCAAGCUGGCCGCACUCAAACUUGUCGACCGUAUCAGAGAAGAGUCUCCUAACGAUUUGCUGGAGCUAACCUUCAAGGACACCGUUCCAGUCUUGACUGACGUGGCCACUGACUUCAAGCCUGAGUUGGCCAAGCAAGGCCACAAGACCCUGCUUGACUUUGUUUCGAUUUUGGACAAUCUGGAUUUGUCCCCACGUUUCCAGCUGAUCGUUGACACGCUGCAAGACCCAUCGAAAGUUCCCAACUCCGUUAAAUCUUUAUCGAGUGUUACAUUUGUUGCUGAAGUUACAGAGCCAGCUCUGAGUAUCCUGGUUCCAAUUCUGAAUAGAUCUUUGAAUCUGUCUUCAUCCUCUCAGGAGCAGCUGAGGCAGACUGUUAUUGUCAUCGAGAAUUUGACUAGACUUGUGAACAACCGUUCCGAGAUCCAGCACUUUAUCCCGCAGCUGAUGCCAGGUGUCCAAAAGGUGCUUGACACCGCCUCUCUGCCAGAGGUUCGUGAGUUAGCAGGAAAAGCCAUGAAGGUGCUGAAAGACGACUCUGAGGACGACGGGAAAUUCCCAGGCAAAAUCACCUACGAAUUCGGACUGCAAUUUGUGAAGGAGAAGAUCCAACUCCUGGCCAAGAACCCUCUACCUGAGCUGUGCAAGGACAACAAUACAACAGCCCUCGUUUACUUGUCCAAGAUUGUCACGUCUGAUGCCAAUGUGAAUGACUGGAAGAGACUAAGAGAGUACCUCUUGCUGGUGUUCGGUGAAGAGAACGCCGAAGCCAUUGAUACCCACUUCAUCCAAGAGCUGAGAAAUAUAUUCCACCAAGAAACCGCUACAUACGACGAAAAUGAGGGUAUCGAAAUCGUUAAUACCGAUUUCUCGCUGGCCUACGGGUCUAGAAUGCUGUUGAACAAAACAACUUUGCGUCUGCUCAAAGGUCACCGUUACGGUUUAUGUGGUAGAAACGGUGCUGGCAAAUCGACUUUGAUGAGAUCCAUUGCGAAUGGUCAACUGGAAGGCUUCCCUGACAAAGACACGCUCAGAACCUGCUUCGUGGAGCACAAGUUGCAAGGUGAAGAGGGUGACUUGGAUCUUGUGUCAUUCAUUGCCUUGGAUCCGAUAUUGAAAGAGGUUUCGCGUGCUGAGAUCUCUGCGGCUUUAGAAAGCGUUGGAUUUGAUGACGAAAGGAGAUCGCAGACUGUGGGCUCUCUCUCAGGUGGUUGGAAGAUGAAGCUUGAAUUGGCGAGAGCGAUGCUGCAGAAAGCCGACGUUCUUUUGCUGGAUGAACCUACUAACCAUUUGGAUGUUUCAAACGUGAAAUGGCUACAAGAUUACUUGUUGGAAAACACUGAGAUUACUUCGCUCAUUGUUUCUCACGACUCCGGUUUCUUAGAUGCUGUUUGCACUGACAUUAUUCAUUACGAGAACAAAAAGUUGGCUUACUACAAGGGAAACCUGGCAGACUUUGUGGACCAGAAACCCGAGGCGAAAGCUUAUUACACUUUGACGGAUUCAAAUGCUCAGAUGCGUUUCCCACCUCCAGGUAUUUUGACUGGUGUGAAAUCGAACACAAGAGCAGUUGCUAAAAUGACAGGGGUCACUUUUGCUUACGCAGGUGCAAGCAAGCCUCAACUCACAGAUGCUUCUUGUGCGCUAUCUUUGAGUUCCAGAGUUGCAAUCUUGGGGCCAAAUGGUGCUGGUAAGUCCACUUUGAUCAAGCUUUUGACCGGUGAACUUGUUCCACAAGAGGGUAAGGUGGAGAAGCACCCUAACUUGCGUAUUGGGUACAUUGCGCAGCAUGCACUGCAGCAUGUCAACCUCCACAAGGAGAAAACUGCCAACCAGUAUCUACAGUGGCGUUAUCAGUUUGGUGACGACAGAGAGGUUUUGCUGAAGGAGUCUAGAAAGAUUUCAGAACAAGAGAAGGAAAUGAUGGAGAAGGAGAUCGACAUUGGCGACGGAAGAGGAAAACGUGCUAUUGAGGCCAUUGUUGGUAGACAAAAGCUGAGAAAAUCGUUCCAGUAUGAAGUCAAGUGGAAAUUCUGGCUUCCUAAGUACAACUCUUGGGUGCCAAAAGAGGUCCUUCUGGAGAAUGGUUUCGACAAAUUGGUUCAAAAGUUUGAUGACCACGAAGCCUCGAGAGAAGGUCUUGGUUACCGUGAGUUGACCCCAACCGUGAUCACCAAGCAUUUCGAAGACGUCGGUCUCGACUCAGAAAUUGCUAACCACACUCCACUUGGCUCGCUUUCCGGUGGCCAAUUGGUCAAGGUAGUCAUUGCAGGAGCUAUGUGGAACAACCCCCACUUAUUGGUGCUUGAUGAGCCUACUAACUACCUGGACAGAGACUCCCUUGGUGCGCUGGCUGUUGCAAUUCGUGACUGGUCUGGUGGUGUCGUUAUGAUUUCGCAUAACAACGAGUUUGUCGGCGCUCUGUGUCCAGAACAGUGGAUUGUGGAGAACGGAAAGAUGGUUCAAAAGGGCGUUAGCCAAAUCGACCAGAGCAGGUUCGAAGACGGCGGUAAAGCUGGCUCUGCCAGCGCGGCCAAGGCAGCUUCCCCAUCCGUGGAUGAUGAUGAUUCUCCAGCCAAUAUCAAGGUCAAGCAGAGAAAGAAGAGACUAACAAGAAAUGAGAAGAAGGUGCAGGUCGAACGUCGUCGUUUGCGCUACAUCGAGUGGCUCUCAUCUCCUAAGGGAACGCCAAAGCCUGUCGACACUGACGACGAGGAGGAAUAA